AUGGUCACAACCCGGAAUAGGUCUACCGACCAGUCGGCCGAUGGAGGCGCGGUCGGGACGCCCACGGCCGCGGCCCACCCACACACGGUCCCACGAAUCCCGCUGCUCGGCGUCGUGCCCGGCGUGGAGGCCUUCGACGCCGCCAUCGACCGCCGCAGCGACUACUACCGCCUCCAGGCGCUGUCGCACGUGCACGACAAUCCGCCGCCCGUGGGAGAGCGGCAGUCGCUCGUGGUGCGCGCCGGCCUGGGCUGCAGCGCGGCGUGCGGAGGCGAGACCCUGGGCUGGGGGCCGCACGACUUCCCUGAUUAA